CGAUAUCUUUAAUUUGUUGGCACGGGAAUAAUCCAAAAUGAAAUGUUCACACGUCUCAGGGAAAGCUUUCAGAGAUGGUGGAUGAGGUGAGCGGGAAGAUUGUUUCUAAGGAAAUUAAGAUGCGGGAGGAGGCUCUACAGAGGUUCCUGGCGAUCGAGAAGCGCAUGAGAGCUCUGGAAUGUGGGCAGAUGGCUUUUGAGAAAGGCCUUCGGCAAGACAACGAGAAGCGGCUGACGGCACUGCAGCGGCUACACCAGCAGGAGCUGACAGCUCUUCGUGAUCUGCAGAAGGUGGAGAGCAACAGCAUAAUGCAACAGUACCGCAAGAUGGAUGAAGACGUCGCACGACUCGCGAGCAACCUUGACCGAAGCAGACACGAGCUGAGAAGAGUCGUCAAGGCAGAGAUAAUGAAAAGAGAUUCUCAAGUUAAAGAGCUGCAGAAGAAAACCAAUGAGUUGAAGGAACAUCUUCAAGUUGCGAUAACAGCCCUGCAGCAGGCGAUAAGUGGGACCCAGCAGAGAAUAGGCCAAGAGACAGAACGUCUCGCCGCCACGAUGACACGCGACAUGCACGACUCGGCUGGCAGGAGCUCUCGGGUCCUGGCAGACGUCGACUCCCGGCUCGUCGCCCUCGCCUUGAGGGCUGCCGAGCACGAGGAGAGGUUUGAACAAAUAACCGAGGAACGCAUCGAGGAGGUCAAGGACCUGCGCAACAGCCUCGUGCGGCUGCAGGGAGAGGUGGCUGCAAUGGAAGCAAAAGCUGUUAAACCACCGAAGAAAGGCGUCUCCCAACCACCACGUUGAUCCCACGUCAAUCCGCGUCCACGUACGCUAAGGCGCUGCUUUGUUGCUCAUUAAGGUACUCAAGCUGUCCUCCAUAAUCUACACAGAAUUUGCAGCGUUUUGUCAGUCCCUUGUUGGAUGAUGGCCUUGGCAUUCCGUGUCCAUUACGAGUGUUUUUUUUACCUUCGCCGCGCUGGUUACUGUGCGGAUUGGUGAAGUGGGUGGGGGGGGCGCGGCAGG